CCUAGAGAGCAGGUUCACAGAGUCACCCACCGCCCCAGGCCAGCAGCAUCUGCAAGGUCCCGAUGGCCCCAGCCUGGUCCUUACUCCUGGCCCUGCUGCUGCUCAGCUGCAACGCCAUCUGCUCUCUGGGCUGCCACCUGCCUCACACCCACAGCCUGGCCAACAGGAGGGUCCUGAUGCUCCUUCGACAACUGAGGAGGGUCUCCCCUUCCUCCUGCCUGCAGGACAGAAAAGACUUCGCAUUCCCCCAGGAGGCGCUGGGUGGCAGCCAGUUGCAGAAGGCUCAAGCCAUCUCUGUGCUCCACGAGGUGACCCAGCACACCUUCCAGCUCUUCAGCACAGAGGGCUCGGCCGCCGCGUGGGACCAGAGCCUCCUGGACAAGCUCCGCGCUGCACUGGAUCAGCAGCUCACUGACCUGCAAGCCUGUCUCAGGCAGGAGGAGGGGCUGCGAGGGGCUCCCCUGCUCAAGGAGGUCUCCAGCCUGGCUGUGAGGAAAUACUUCCACAGAGUCACUCUCUAUCUGCAAGAGAAGGGACACAGCCCUUGUGCGUGGGAGGUUGUCAGAGCAGAAGUCAUGAGAGCCUUCUCUUCCUCAACAAACUUGCAGGAGAGAUUCAGGAGCAAGGACUGACACACACGUGGUUCAAC